AUGGAAGCUCCCCUGCACCAGCUCCCACCCAUGCAACACGCCAUGCUCGCCCAUCCUCCCAGCUGCAAGCACGACGCCGCGGCGACCAUGGCGGCCACGGACAUGGCGUGCCUCCAACAGCACCAGCAGCAGCAGCAGCAGCAGCAGAUGAUGCCGCCGGCGGUGCCGAGCCCGAACACGCCGUCGGGAGCGCGCGAGCAGUGCCCGCGGUGCGCGUCCCACGACACUAAGUUCUGCUACUACAACAACUACAACACGUCGCAGCCGCGCCACUUCUGCCGCGCCUGCCGCCGCUACUGGACGCUCGGGGGCUCCCUCCGUAACGUCCCCAUCGGAGGCUCCACCCGGAAGCGCCUGCGCCCGGCGCCGCAGCAGGCGUUCCGCCGCCCGGCCGUCCACUUCGGCGCGCCUCCUCCGCCGCCGAUGCCGGCGCCACAGCCGCAGCCGCAGCAGCCCCACUCUCACCAGUCCCAGCAGCAGCAAGGUGGCCUUCUCGGCUCGCUCUUCGCGCUCGGCGGGGCGCCGCUCCUCGAGGGCCGCGUCGGGUUCGACCUCGGUCUAGGCCUGCCAGGGCUGGGCCAGGUGGAGUUCGGACUGCACUCCCUCGGCCUCAGGGGCGGCGGCCAUGCGGCAGCUGGGACGUCGUCGGCACCGCUGCUCUGGCCAGCCGGGCUCCUGGAGAACGGCAGCAUGGACGCGUGGAAAAUGUCCGGCGGCGGGGCGGGUGCCAUGUCCAUGUGGGCGCCGGAGUUAUCUUCCGCGCCGACGGCGGCACAGGUCGGCGGCAUGAUGUUUCACGGCGGGGCCCAGAUAAUGUGA